AUGGUAGGCGAAAAGGCUAAGAAUCCAGCUACUAAGGAGAAGAAGCCUGAAGUCAUAAAAGCAGAUGCCAGUGGCCAAGCUAAGAAGGCUCACCUCAAGAGCAAAAACCCAAAGCAGGGGAAGCCGCACUGCAAACGUGCCUCAGAAGCUGUUGAUCCAUGGCAAAAACCCUUGAGUCAGCAUGUCAGAAGACUGCGGUCCAGCAUCACUCCUGGGACCAUUCUGAUCAUCCUCGAUGGGCACCAUCGAGACAAGAGAGUGGUUUUCCUGAAGCAGCUGGCCAGUGGUUUGCUCCUUGUGACUGGACCUCUGUCCCUCAAUCAAGUCCCUCUGUAUAGAACACACCAGAAAUUUGUCAUUACCACCUCCACCAAAAUUGAUAUCAGUGGUGUGAAGAUCCCCAAACAUUUCACGGAUGCUUAUUUCAAGAAGAAGAAGCUGCGGAAGCCCAGGCACCAAGAAGGCGAGAUCUUCCACACUGAGAAAGAGAAAUACAAGGUUACAGAGCAGCGCAAAGUGGAUCAGAAAGCUGUGGACUCACAAAUUAUGCCAAAAAUCAAAGCCAUUCUCCAGCUCCAACGUUACCUGCGUGCUGUGUUUGCUCUCACAAAUGGAAUUUAUGCUCACCAGUUAGUAUUCUAG